GUGGAUAGGAGAGGGGGGAAAAGCAGGGGAAAAAAGCCCCUGCGCAUUGAUCCGCGCCGUAUUUUUGGGUAAAUACGAUCACGUGGGGGUCGAAGAGCCAAUAGGAUGCGGGGAAAAGGCUGGAAAAAUAAUUACCUGCCUUGAUUGUUCUGUGAGCAGAUAAAAAGUACAUAUACAGUUCAUACAAUAAUCUUAUGUAUGUAAAACCCUCUAACGAUGUCGGCGACGGGACCCAUCAGUAACUAUUACGUGGACUCCCUGAUCAGCCACGAGAAUGAAGAUCUCCUAGCGUCCAGGUUCCCUGCCACUGGGGCUCACCCCGCAGCCGCCAGACCCACUGGCUUGGUCCCGGACUGUAGCGAUUUUCCGUCCUGUAGCUUUGCCCCCAAGCCGGCAGUGUUCACCACGUCCUGGGCUCCGGUCCACUCCCAGUCGUCUGUCGUCUACCACCCCUACACCCACCAGCCCCACCUUGGAGCGGACACGCGGUAUAUGCGGACUUGGCUGGAGCCCCUGUCCGGGGCCGUCUCCUUCCCCAGCUUUCCAGCUGGGGGACGCCACUACGCCCUCAAACCCGACGCCUAUCCGGGCCGCCGGGCGGACUGUGGCCCGGGGGACGGGAGGAGUUAUCCAGAUUACAUGUAUGGCUCUCCCGGGGAGCUUCGGGACCGGACCCCGCAGGCUCUCCCCUCCCCGGAGUCGGACGCGCUGGCCAGCAGCAAGCACAAAGAGGAGAAGACAGAACUGGACCCGAGUAACCCAGUGGCAAAUUGGAUCCACGCUCGCUCUACAAGGAAGAAGCGCUGUCCCUACACCAAAUACCAGACACUGGAACUGGAGAAGGAGUUUCUGUUCAAUAUGUAUUUAACCAGGGACCGUCGGUACGAGGUGGCCCGGGUCCUCAACCUCACCGAGCGCCAAGUCAAAAUCUGGUUUCAAAACCGGAGGAUGAAGAUGAAAAAGAUGAACAAGGAGAAAACCGACAAGGAGCAAUCCUAAGAGCCAGCGACCCUGCUGCAGCCGAAGACCGCGGCACCGCCACCAACAAAACAACAACAACAAAAACCACACACACACACACAAAAUACCCCAACCGGGGCAGGAGUGAGAUCGAGAGAGCAAGCAAUCGAGGAAGAGAGAGAGCGAGCGAGAAGGCGAGCCC